AUGGCGAAGAGGCUUCUUCCUAGGCGGUCGUGUCCUCGCGACACGGAGGUGGAGGAGAGCCGGCACUACACUGCUUGGACAGUUGGACGUCAUGUAGACCCUCGGGAUGUCAAGCACGAGUUGCAGAUGCCAAGGGAGUUAAAUGUAAGGGAAUCUGACGUUAGAGUGUGUGAUGAAUCGUCAUGUAAAUAUGGAGGAGUGUGCAAGGAAGAGGGCGAUGGCUUGAAAUGUGCGUGUCAGUUCCAGUGUCACACAAACUAUAUUCCGGUUUGUGGAUCAAAUGGAGACACUUACCAAAAUGAAUGCUUCCUCAGGAGAGCUGCUUGCAAGCAUCAGAAAGAGAUAACGGUGGUAUCAAGAGGACCUUGUUAUUCUGAUAAUGGCUCUGGGUCAGGAGAAGGAGAGUAUGAAGGAUCUGGGACGGAAGUUCAGAGAAAACACUCAAAAUGCGGAGUUUGCAAAUAUAGGGCUGAGUGUGAUGAAGAUGCAGAAAAUGUUGGGUGUGUAUGUAAUAUAGACUGCAGUGGAUACAGUUUUAAUCCCGUGUGUGCUUCUGAUGGAAGUUCCUAUAACAACCCGUGCUUUGUUAGAGAAGCAUCGUGUCUGAGGCAAGAGCAGAUCGACAUCAGGCAUCUUGGACACUGCUCAGAAGCAGAUGACACAAACGCAGUUGGAAAGAAAGAUGAUGGCAUGCAGUAUCGGCCAGAGGUGAAAGACGCCAGUGAUCAGCGAGAAGACAUUUACAUUGGAAACCACAUACCUUGUUCAGAAAGCUUCAAUGGCUACUGUAUACAUGGAAAAUGUGAAUUCAUUUAUUCCACUCAGAAGGCUUCCUGCCGGUGUGAAUCAGGAUAUACUGGACAGCACUGUGAAAAGACAGACUUUAGUAUUCUUUAUGUUGUCCCAAGUAGACAAAAGCUUACGCAUGUCCUUAUUGCAGCAAUAAUUGGAGCUGUACAGAUUGCCAUUAUAGUUGCAAUUGUCAUGUGCAUAACAAGAAAAUGCCCCAAAAACAAUAGAGGACGUCGGCAGAAGCAAAACCUAGGCCAUUUUACUUCAGAUACGUCAUCCAGAAUGGUUUAACUUAGUGAUUUUUAUACCUACAUUGACCAUGUGAUGUACAUUUUUAUUAUAUCUUUUUUUAAAGAAUGGAAAUAUUUAUUUCAGAGGCCUUAUUUUUGAACAUUUUUAGUGUAACGAUGUUGGUCUGUAUUCUGAAAGCAUCAGCUCUAACAGCUAUGGACUGUUUUAGUAACUUUACUUUUAUGUUUUUGAAUACAGUAGUUCAUUUUCUGUGUCUGUAUCACAUGGUUAUAUAAUAGACUUGUGCUUUAUUCAUGGAAUGUAAUAUUUUUGGGAACACAGAUUUAUUCCACCAAGGGUUGUAGAUUUAAAAAACAAAACAAAACAAAAACACCAAAACAACAAACAAACCAACCAACAAAAAAUUCUGCAUUACCAAGCAAACAAGGCAUGAACUAAAGGUAAAAAUGUUUACAGCUUACUUUUCUUAUGAGAAACUAGAGAACACUGUGUUUAAAUACCGUAGAUAUUUAAAUGUUUUUGGAAGUUAGCAACUGAUUUUUUAGACACUGCCUAUCGCAUGAACUGUGAAGCUGUGUGCUGUGUGUAGUUGUAACAUAUUUAUAAAAUGUGUGGGCUGGGUUUAAGCACUGCCAUCUUCAUAAAUAAUUCCAACAGUUUAUUUUUAAAGAGGAAAACUAUAAGUUUCGUAAUUUGGGAAGUUAUCUGGAAGAGCAGAUGGCACAGGUCCAAAAGAAGUAGGUCUUGGUAGAUUUAGGUAUUGUAAAAAUUGGUGUCGAAUAACUGAACACAAAGAAUUGGAAUAAAGCCUACUUUAUCACUGUUAAAGCUGUUUUAAUACUUCUUAAACUUUUUUAAAGAAAAUACAUGUUUUAACACCUACAAUACGGAUUGUAUAGUGUUUGUGAUUACAAUAAAAAAUAAUAAAAGUGAAUGAAUUACUAGUGCUCUUGUAUAGAGUAUUUUCAAGAGCUAAAGGAGCCCAUCCAAAUUAGUCUGCUGGUCAUAGUUAUAUUAAUAGACUGUUAGUUGUCAUUUGAAAGAUCCCCAGAUAAAGUGUGAAUAGGAUGUGUUCAGCUGUUUUAACAUGUAGUUUAGGCUUUCAAAAUUUUUGCAUGUAGGAUCUAACAAUUUGUUCAAUAAUAUUAAAGCAAAAAAAAAAAACCCCAAAACGCUUUCAACAUUCUGAACUGGAAAAGCAUGUCACAAUACAACGUUUUCACUA